UUAAUAAUAAGCUUCAACUUAAGCCAUAGAUUUUCUUCUUACUUGACCUAGCUAGAUUGGCUGAUAUAUUACCUAUAUAUACACACUCACACUCACAAAGGUUGGAUAAUAAUUUAUCACAUAUCAGUAUCCAUCAUCUUGAGCUGACACGAGGAGAAUCAGAGAUGGGAGUACAAGGCACUAUGGAAUACUUAUCUGACUUACUUAGCACCAAAAAGAAGAAGAAGAAGAAGCAAGUCCAAACUGUAGCACUGAAAAUCAGAAUGGACUGUGAAGGCUGUGCACGCAAGGUCAAGCAUGUUCUUUUUGGUGUUAAAGGAGCUAAGUCGGUGGAAGUGGACUUGAAGCAGCAGAAAGCAACAGUGACAGGAUAUGUUGAGCCAAAGAAAGUGCUUAAGGCUGCUCAGUCUACUAAGAAGAAGGUUGAGCUAUGGCCAUAUGUUCCGUACAGUAUGGUGGCUAACCCAUAUAUUUCUCAAGCCUACGAUAAGAAGGCACCUCCUAAUAUGGUGAGGAAGGUGGCUGACACUGCCAACAUAUCAGAAACCACCGUGGAUGAUCGCUACAUACAAAUAUUCAGUGAUGAAAACCCAAAUGCCUGCUCUAUCAUGUAAAAUAUUAAUUGAUUAAUAUUUGUGUAGUCAAUUUCACAUUAAAUAUUGUAUAAGAAAUAAAUAUUAAAAACAAAAGGGUAUGGUUUUGUACUUUUGUGUAAAUUAUAUGAUAGUCGAUAAUUUUGCUUGGAUUUUGAGUAUAA